GGAGUCUGGAGAGCAAGACCACCUUAGUCGUAUUGUGUUUGUCCCCGUAUGGUGCUGUAUUGUCUUCGUGUGUUCGUUCUUCGAGUGAGCAAGUGAUUCAAAACAGCCAAAAGUUCGUUUGUAAUUCUACUCCCCCAUCGUACCUUGUUCGUUUACUGUGUAGAUUGAUGCUCUUAGGAGGCAUGGAUGGUUUCCCAAAAAGGUGCAAAAUUAGACUUCUUGUUGAAUUUAC